AUGGCUGAUAAAGAUGGACAGUUACGAUUGCGUAAUAUCAAUUUCUCGGCCUCGUCAUCGAAAGCGGCUUCCAAUUGCUCGGAAAUUCUCAACUAUAUGGGCGGCUUGGAUGGUGAGCAAAAACAAUUGAUCAAGAAGUUGGUCAACUUUCGCAUGAAAGAAGGUAAAAGAACGAAAGUUCGUGCUAUUGUUUAUCAAACUUUUCAUCGCCCAGCUCAAACUGAACACGAUGUAAUCAAACUGAUGGUUGACGUCGUAGACAAUAUAAAGCCCAUAUGCGAAGUCGAAAAAGUAGGAGUAGCAGGUACUCUUUAUGAUGUCCCUGGAAUUGAAGCUUGUUCUCUGGAGUUUGAUCCCCAAGAAAGAGGAAAAUGGCUGUGA